AUGGGGCGUGGCAGGAUUGAUUCCUUCAAACAAGAAUUCUCUUUGCAUGAAAGAUGCCAAGAAUCACAAGCAAUCAUCGCCAAUUAUCCCGACCGAGUACCGGUGGUGGUCGAGAGGUAUUCAAAAACUGACCUCCCUGAGAUGGAGAAGAGAAAAUUCCUGGUCCCCCGAGACAUGUCUGUUGGGCAAUUCAUUUACAUUCUGAGUGGCAGGCUCCAUCUGAGUCCUGGGAAAGCUCUCUUUGUAUUCGUGAAAGAUACCUUACCUCAAACAUCAAGCUUUGUGGAGUCUGUAUACGAUUCAUACAAGGAUGAUGAUGGGUUCCUCUACAUGUGUUACAGCAGCGAGAAAACCUUUGGUUGUGUUCUUAACCCAGUAUGA